AUGGGCGCAUCGAGACAGCUGAUCAGGAUAUGUCCCCUGAAGGUCACCUUCACCCAUACCCGUUUCCACCUCGCACUCCGGACAAUCGACCACCCGGUCGUGUACCACCGCCUGCUUCUCUUCAGAAUCAACAAGCCUGAUCCUUCGCUGGCCGACUGUGGACCUUCGUCCCUGGAGGUGUCGAAAGAAAAGCCCAUAUGGCAAGCACCCGAGCUAUUUUGCAUGGAAGAGAUGUGUCCUCACUUGGGCGCUCCUCUAAGCCAUGCUGAAAUUGAGGAUAUGGAAGAUACUAGGGCAAUUGUCUGUCCAUGGCAUCAAUAUGAUUUUGAUCUCAAAGAUGGUUCUAGCUCAACUGGACUCCAGGCAUGUACCUACCACGUCGAGGUUCAAGGGCAUGAAGACGAUGCGGACGUCUGGAUCGAAGCCCCUCAUGCUGAAGGCUCCGAUGUCAACGAAGAACGGCAAUGGGAACUCGUCGAGAUGAGAGGUGUCAGUGAAGUAGAAUUCCUCGACCCGCCAUUAUCGCCUCUCGCAGGCCUCUCCCUCGAUUCCUGCCCACCCCCUUCCCUCCCACCCCACCUCGCCUCCGUCCAGAAACACGAGCUUCCCGACCCUCUCCCCACCUCUCUCCUUGCUUUCGCCCACCUGAUCCUGCGGACAUCUGAUCCACAGUUCAAGUGUUUACUGACGAGAGAGGCGGUCACCAGGCUGAGAGCGGGGCAAUUGAAGAGCAUUAGACCGAGCAAGGCAGAGAUCAGGAAGCAGAGGGAGAACGGGGGUUUGUUGGAUGAACCUCCGAGAGAGGUGGAGAGUGUUGCUCCUGGGAAGGCGCCCAAGCGUGGCAAGGGCGGCUCUGAAAAGUCACGUAUUCUCAUGCUCCAUGCCCUCGCAAACAUCGAGCAAUACGCCAUCGACUUGGCUUGGGACAUUAUCGUCCGUUUCGCCGACUUUGAAAUCAACGGUGAACGCCUCCCUGUAGAGUUCUUUUUGGACUGGGCCAAGGUCGCGGAAGACGAGGCCAAGCACUAUACCCUUCUCGCUCGGCGUCUAGUCGAAAUGGGCUCGUACUUUGGCGCCCACACAGUUCAUGCCGGUCUAUGGGAAUCCGCCACCCAAACAGCCGACUCUCUCUCUGCCCGUAUCGCCAUCAUCCACCUCGUCGCCGAAGCCCGCGGUAUCGACAUGAACCCCCUCACCCUCGCCAAGCUCCAGGCUGCGGGCGAUACCGAAAGUACCAGGGUGCUGGAGGUGAUCCAUGCGGAUGAGAUUACUCAUGUGACGACUGGUCAUCGGUGGUUCAGCUGGCUGUGUGAUAAGAGGGGCGUUGAUCCGGUGGAGACUUUCCGACAGGAGGUGUCUGAUAACUUUAGGGGAAAGAUCAAGGGGCCUUUCAACGCAGAGGACCGUCUCAAGGCUGGGCUGACUCCAGAGUUUUACGAGGACUUGUCAGGACACCUCGGAUGGAAGGAUGAGCUUGUGAAGCGCGCAGAGGCUGCUGCUGCUGCUGAAGGCGAUGAGCACUUGCAUCCUAGACUGACGUAG